UAGGAACGCGGGGCCGCGGCUCCCCCCGCUGCUCUCAGCCAAUGGGAGCGAGCUGGGCGGGCCCAGCAGGGUAGGCUGAGCGGCGGCUCUUAAAGGGCCAGGCGGCCCCCGGUGCGGCGGGGACGCGGAGCGGCGGCGGGCAGGGGUCAGCUGAAAGACAAAGCCAUGGCGGGCCCCGCCGACACCCCCCGCGCCUCAGCGCCGCCAUUCCCAGCACGGAGCCCGAGCCCCGAGCCUCCCGCGGCCCGUUUCCAGCAUGUCCACGGAUGGCAGCUUCGGUACAGCUGGCAACAGCGAUGCCCAGCAAAGCCUCCAGUCCUUCUGGCCACGAGUCAUGGAGGAGAUCCGCAACCUCACCGUGAAAGACUUCAGAGUUCAAGAACUGCCCCUGGCUCGUAUUAAGAAGAUAAUGAAGCUAGAUGAGGAUGUGAAGAUGAUCAGCGCUGAAGCUCCUGUGUUGUUCGCCAAGGCAGCUCAGAUAUUCAUAACAGAAUUGACUCUGCGAGCGUGGAUACACACAGAGGACAACAAACGCAGGACUCUGCAGAGGAAUGACAUCGCCAUGGCGAUUACAAAGUUUGAUCAGUUUGACUUUCUCAUCGACAUCGUUCCCAGAGAUGAGCUGAAGCCUCCAAAGCGGCAGGAGGAGGUGCGUCAGGCUGUGACCCCAGCCGAGCCCGUCCAGUAUUAUUUCACGCUCGCCCAGCAGCCUGCUGCAGUGCAGGUCCAGGGGCAGCAGCAAGGGCAGCAGACCACGACGUCCACCACCACCAUCCAGCCCGGGCAGAUCAUCAUUGCACAGCCGCAGCAGGGGCAGACCACCCCUGUGACGAUGCAGGUGGGAGAAGGCCAGCAGGUGCAGAUCGUGCAGGCGCAGCCGCAAGGACAGACCCAGCAGGCGCAGAGCGGGACCGGGCAGACCAUGCAAGUCAUGCAGCAGAUCAUCACCAACACGGGGGAGAUCCAGCAGAUCCCGGUUCAGUUGAAUGCUGGCCAGCUGCAGUAUAUCCGCUUAGCCCAACCUGUGUCAGGCACCCAGGUAGUCCAGGGGCAGAUCCAGACGCUUGCAACCAAUGCACAGCAGAUAACGCAGACAGAAGUCCAGCAAGGACAGCAGCAGUUCAGCCAGUUCACAGAUGGACAGCAGCUUUAUCAGAUCCAGCAAGUGACCAUGCCUGCAGGCCAGGACAUCACCCAGCCCAUGUUCAUCCAGUCCACCAACCAAACCUCAGACGGCCAGGCCACGCAAGUGACAGGGGACUGAGAGCACCUCGUGUCUCCGUGUGGAAACAAAACCCCGUUCCAGCCCCACGCUGGCCGUACCGACCCGGUCUGAUGAACCCAUCUGCUUCUCUGUAUCCGUGCUCAAUAUUCAGCCUACAGUAGGCUGCGGUCUCUGGUGCACUGUACACCUUCCUCUGGUGGGUAUGAGAGAAUAUCCAGCAGACACUGACAAGAAGGCAAUAUUUGUAUUUUUAAUUUCAGAAGUCAAUAUUUCAGUGUAUUCAGCUGCUUGUUCCGACCCCCUGGAAACUGAAGAGAAGUAAUCGAAAGGAAUUGGCAGCAUCUCAUUGAACGAUGUGUAAAAACGUUUUUAUCUAGUGAAAUGAUUAAAGGGUACUGCCUCUGGUUUGUUGUAAGAGCUUUAUUCCCGGUAUUCUCUUUGUAUUUUUCUCCGAAUAGAGCUAGAUUCAGUCCUACCAUCUCAGUGGUCCAUUAGGGGCGUGGGGGGGGGGGGCAGUGUGUAUGUGUGUUAGAUUUUCCUCUCCUGCCUCCUUUUUUGGUAAGCCGGAGCAUUGAGUGUAUGCAGCUAGGGGGCAGGGAGUAGGGGAAGAGUAAUUAAAGUGAAAACAAAAACAUUCCUUGUAUUAUGACUGUAUUUUCGGAGGACAAACGAUUCUUUAAUUUGGCCUGGUUUAUUCCAGAAACACUAAUGGAAGUCUGGACAAACCCCAGCCCUGCUGUUAACUGUUGUACUAGCUUCAGUCGAUGCAUGUAAUAUAAGCUUCAUAAAACAAAAUAAAUUUCCUUUCUAAGA